AUGAGUGAAGAAGAUCAACAACAUAAUGAAAAAAGAAUGAAAACUAAACAUAUUCCAAUAACAUUGAUUUCAAGUUCAAACAAACAUGACAAUCAAUUCUUUCAUAAGAAACCACAUCAAUCUGAUGCAACUACCAAUAACACUACUUCUACUACUAUUACUACUACAACUACAACUUCAGAUGACAAUUUAGAUGAAAACAAUAUUGUAUAUACUGCAAUUGGUGAAUCUGGAGAGACAGUUCCAUUGAAUAUAACUAAAGUAGAACAACAAUUGUUUCAAACAUUACUGCAAGUCGUUGAACAAACUAAAUGUGGUACUGUUUUAAGAGUUGCUGGUGGUUGGGUUAGAGAUAAAUUAAGAGGUGAUCAUUCAAGUGACAUUGAUAUUGCAUUGGAUAAUAUGAUGGGAGAAGCAUUUGCAUCGUUGGUAAAUCAAUACUUGAAAGAUCACAAACAAGAAACACACAGAAUCGGUGUCAUUCAAUCGAAUCCUGCACAAUCGAAACACUUGGAGACUGCCACCGUUAGAAUCUAUGAUAUGUGGAUCGAUUUCGUAAAUCUUAGAUCAGAGACUUAUUCAGAUCAUUCACGUAUACCUGAAAUUACAAUUGGAACACCUGAACAAGAUGCAUACAGAAGAGAUCUAACUAUUAAUUCAUUGUUUUACAAUAUCAAUGAGAAUAAGAUUGAAGAUUUCACAGGUAAUGGUGUCGAUGAUUUGAAAUGUGGAAUCGUAAGAACACCACUGCCACCACAGACCACUUUUCUCGAUGAUCCAUUGCGUGUAUUGCGAUCUAUUAGAUUUGCUACUAGAUUGUACUAUGCUAUCGACCACAAGUUAGUAGAGGCAGCAUCAUCUUCCACCGUAAAAGAUGCACUCGCUUCAAAGGUAUCACACGAACGUGUCGGAAUCGAACUCGACGGAAUGCUAUCCGGUCCAAGACCUGAUCUCGCUAUUCACUUGAUCAAUCAUUUCGGUCUAUUCGAUCAUAUCUUUAGUUUACCUGAAGGUGUUACAAUUAAAGAAAAGAAUUAUCAAUACAUUGCUGCAGAGAAUAUAUUGAAUAUGAUGAGAUUUAUCAGUUGGGGUUCGACCACCGAGGAACUACCAACCAGAAAGAUUAGAUUACUCUCUUCUUUGCUACAGGUAUUCCACAACUAUACUUUUACAACAAAAAAGAAUAGAACUAUUCCAGCUAUUCAAUAUACAAUCGUUGAAUUCUUAAAGUUUUCUAAUAAAGAUUAUGAUGAUGUGUUGAAUGUAUUGGAAUGUGCAGAUAGAUUCAAGCCAGAGGUUCAGAAAUUAAAUGAUAAUGGUAGUUUUUCGAGAAAGGAUGUUGGUUUGAUCGUAUACAAAGCAGGACCUCUCUGGAGAGUUGCACUUGCCAAUGCUUUGAUUUCAGAACUACCCAAAUACAACAGAUCUAUUGUCUAUCCAUUCCAAAGACUUGAGAAUCCAGAUGGUUCACCAGUACCAAGAUCACCAAUGCACGACUUCCAUCUUCACUCACACAAUCCACAUGUACACCAUCCACCUUUAUGUGAAGAUGCAAAGAAGAUAGUAUCGAAAUAUGACAACUUUUGUGCAAGUGUUGCAUCACAUAAUUUAGUUGGAAUUUGGAAUACAAAGAAAUUAUUAGAUGGUAAACAAGUAAUGGAAUUAUUAAAGAAAAAACCAGGUGCUUGGUUAGCACCAGUUUUGCAAGAGGUAUUCGAAUGGCAAUUGGAGAAUCCAAAUUCAAAUGAAGAACAAUGUAAACAAUGGGUUUUGAAUAAAUUCUCUUGA